AUGUCAACACCGUCGAAGCGAUGCCGACAGCAGCGACGGAGAAACUUCCAGUGUGUCGUUCCGCAUGGAAACGGACGGAUCGAGUGUCAUUCUGACACCGAUCUGAUGUCCUCGGAUUGUUUCCCCACGGCUCGGGGACGCAAACGCAAAAGUCGAGGCGUAUCUCGUCGAAGACGUUCGGCGAAGAAAAGACCCAUCAAGACAACCCGAAACACUGCAAGAACGCGAGGUUCUUUGACCCGUAUGAAUGACUCUUCGGACUCAGACUCCAGUGACGAUAAUGGUGAUGAUGAUGCUAGUAGUGAUACUAGUGAGCGUCUUCCUCGUCGUCGAGACCACUCGUCGACGCAGCCGUUGACCAAGCUAUCCGAGUGA